AUGAAUCAAACAAAAUUAUACGGCACCAUUCCGCAUGAUAUAGAUCGCUUACCUAAACUAGAAGUAUUGAGCUUUGGGCAGAAUUACGAUAUUAAAGGAGACUUGUCUUUGAACAUAAGAAAUCUAAGAAAAUUGUGGUUUUUGGAUUUAGAAUAUGCGAAAUUGAAUUCAGGUGAAAUGUGGUAUUUUUCAAACAUGAGUCAACUGACAUUCAUACAUCUGACGAACUGUGGACUACGGGGAACGAUACCAAAUGAUUUUGGGAAAACUAAUCCGAAAGUGUUCGAUCUUCGACUUUAUGGUAACAGAUUGCAAGGGGAAAUAAAGAACUGUUUUGAUGGUUUUCAAAAAAUAACACAACUUAUCUUAGGCUCGAAUAAGUUAAAUGGCUCGCUUCCGGCAACGCUUAACAAGCUUCAAACCCUUCAGGUUCUUGAUUUAUCAAACAAUAACUUUACAAGUUUUGCCGCAAACUUGUCGUUUAAUUCCCAGUUGCAGAUCCUAUACCUCGAUCGAAACGUCCAUUUAAAAAUCGAUGGUAACGUUCUGUUGAAAGCAUUGCAGCCUUGUUUUCAUAGUCUGCGUAUGCUCGUUGCAAAUAAUUGUGGACUGAAAGGUGAACUUUCUUAUUCACUUUUUAACUUUCACCAAGUCAUGUAUAUUGAUCUCAGCUACAACAACUUGGCCGGUCGUGUCCCUAAAAAUGAGGCAUUUAAUAUGGUGUAUUUGUUUUAUCUUACUCUCGCAUCAAAUAACUUCACUGGUGAGUUACCCAUGAGCUUUUUUUCUCCAUUGAAAUCUCUGACCUAUUUCGAUGUCAGACAAAACCGGUUCUUGAAAAGUCAGCACACUUUCCUAAAUACAAAUAUGAUGGUGACAUACAGUGUAAAGAUACAGAGAGUUACAUAUUCUUGCCCAACUAUUCAUCUUUCAAAUUCGGGAGGACGGGUAGAAAUGGACCCGGGAUGUUAUGAUUACUCGUUGUGUUUUUGUAACAAAGGUUAUUAUGGUUACCAUAAAUAUUGCAAGCCUUGUAUGCAAGGUGGUUCAUGCGAAGUGGAAGCUUCAAUGGUGAAUAAAACGCAUGCUUCGUCAUUGACCAAUCAUGAGAUCAAGAUGAACAUGGACAAAGGUUACUGGCCAUGUUGUGGCGAUUUUGACAAUGUGACUAAACUGGUUAAAUGCAGUCAGCAAGAAAUGUUUGAUGAUGAAAUAUGCAACCCCUCGGAAGAAUGCAAAUGUUGUCGUCAUGGCAACAUGGGAAGGUUUUGUUCACAGUGUAUUGACGAUUACUACAAAAAGGGUUCUUUAUGUGUCCCCUGUCCAGAGUUUCGUGAACAUUUUCCUGUGAUUUUAUUACUAUUCUUCCUGGCAUGCUUCUUCAUGUCUAUUUCUUUGAUGAUUAGUUUGAGACGCCGUGGAAAGCGGGUGAUCAUUGUUUUAUUGUUUGCAUUUGCAGUGGCGCUUAUAGUUUUGCACACGAAGUCCAUAAUCCCGGGGUGGUUCUUCAUCCUAAUAUUUGCAGUAUGA